AUGGAAGAGGAAGUCGCUGCUCUCGUUAUUGACAAUGGUUCGGGCAUGUGCAAGGCCGGUUUCGCCGGUGAUGACGCACCCCGAGCCGUGUUCCCUUCGAUCGUUGGUCGUCCCCGUCACCAUGGUAUCAUGAUUGGUAUGGGCCAAAAGGACUCCUAUGUCGGUGAUGAGGCACAGUCUAAGCGUGGUAUCCUCACCUUGAGAUACCCCAUCGAGCACGGUGUCGUCACCAACUGGGAUGACAUGGAGAAGAUUUGGCACCACACCUUCUACAACGAGCUCCGUGUUGCUCCUGAGGAGCACCCCGUUCUUUUGACCGAGGCUCCCAUCAACCCCAAGUCCAACAGAGAGAAGAUGACCCAGAUUGUCUUCGAGACCUUCAACGCUCCUGCCUUCUAUGUCUCCAUCCAGGCCGUCUUGUCCUUGUACGCUUCCGGUCGUACCACUGGUAUCGUCCUUGACUCCGGUGACGGUGUCACUCACGUCGUCCCCAUCUACGAGGGUUUCGCUCUUCCUCACGCUAUCUCCCGUGUUGACAUGGCUGGCCGUGAUUUGACCGACUACCUCAUGAAGAUCCUUGCUGAACGUGGUUACUCUUUCUCCACCACCGCCGAACGUGAAAUCGUCCGUGACAUCAAGGAGAAGCUCUGCUACGUUGCUCUUGACUUUGAGCAAGAAAUCCAGACCGCUUCCCAGAGCUCCAGCUUGGAGAAGUCCUACGAGUUGCCCGACGGACAGGUCAUCACCAUUGGCAACGAGCGAUUCCGUGCUCCUGAGGCUCUCUUCCAGCCUUCCGUCAUCGGUCUCGAAAGCGGUGGUAUCCACGUCACUACCUACAACUCUAUCAUCAAGUGUGAUGUCGACGUUCGUAAGGACUUGUACGGAAACAUUGUCAUGUCUGGUGGUACUACUAUGUACCCUGGUAUCUCCGACCGUAUGCAGAAGGAAAUUACCGCCCUUGCGCCAUCCUCCAUGAAGAUCAAGAUCAUUGCUCCUCCUGAGCCAGAUGUGGGUCUCCAAGCAGGAGUACGACGAGAGCGGUCCUUCCAUUGUCCACCGCAAGUGUUUCUAAGUUAG